AUGAGCGCUACUGUAACGAAAACCGGUUCAAGCUACUCAAUAAGAGAUGGCUAUGUUUCAAAUUACCAAUUUCGAUAUGAUUCAACAGUUCAAGAUCUUUCAAUAACUAAUGUUACUACCUUUGGCUAUCAAUCUUUUUAUUCAUGUUCGAAUCUUAGAACCGUAAUAGUAUUAGAUACUCUUACAUCAAUAGGAUCAUAUUGCUUUCAGAAUUGUAACCAACUUGGAAGUGUACAACUCCCAAAUACAGUCCAGACAAUAAGUGAUAGCGCUUUCUAUGGCCUCUCGAGUUUGUCAAGUUUUAACUUCCCAACAAGUCUCAGCACAGUAGGAAGCCAAACGUUCUAUGGUUGUUCAAAAAUUCCAAGUGCAACUUUCUCUGCAGCGAAUGUCAAGAUCGGAGAAUCUGCAUUCAGUGGCUGCAGUUAUCUAAACAAAGUUACAUUCUCAUCUUCAGUCACAACUAUCGGAAGCUAUGCAUUUAAUAAUUGUCAGAAUCUUACUGAAGUUAUAUUCUCUUCAUCUGUUGUUACAGUUGGAAGCUAUGCAUUUCAGAGUUGCAAAAAAGUGCAAAAUUUCUCCAUCGCAAAUGGAAGCUCCACUAUUAAUUCAUACAUAUUUAAGUCAGCAAACGUAUCACAUGUCUACAUUGGUGGAACAAUAUCAUCAAUGAACGAUUAUGCCUUUGCAUACUCAAUUCUUGGUGAUGUAAACUUGAAUGAAAGCAGUUUUCAAGCAAUCUCCUCGUAUUGUUUUUAUCAAAGUAAGAUAAAUAGUUUGUAUCUUCCUAGAACAAUUUCAUAUGUGUACUAUGAAGCUUUUUAUUAUGCAGUUGUUGGCGAUUUGAUAUUCGCUGGAGGAUCAAUAUCAUUACGUGACUACGUGUUUUACUAUGCAAAAAUUAAUUACAUUGAAUUCCCUAAUAUUAAUAAUUUGUAUUCUUCUUCGUUUUACUAUGCCCAAUUUAUUACGGUAACUUUUACGAAAGACGCAACAUCAACAUAUGAUAAUCUUUUUACAAUUAUGGCUCAGUUUCAAAUCUCAUAA